AUGGACAAGGUGGACAGCGGUUCACAGCAUGGACGAGAUGCUUCUAGGGGCUGGGGCUACCCCUGGGCAACAGCAGGCAACGGGAGCCGAGGGUCCGUCGAUGAGGAGACGGGUGCCGUCCUGGCCUCGAAUGAUGGCGAGGAUGGCCCACAGAUCCCGCUCCAAGACCUCUCCUCACUUAGUCUGACGGCGGUCGAGCCCAAACCGCCACCCACGUUUCUCGACCAGCUUCGGCGCCUGCCCCCCGAGGUCUGGCUCGAGAUUCUGGGGUAUCUGAGCCUCGGAGAAGUCAUACGGCUGAGGCGGACCUGCUUUCCCCUCUACCAAAGUAUCCCGAGCUCAGCUUUUGCGGCUGUGUUCCGGCACAGGCUGGCCAAGCUCUCGCUCCGGACCUGUCGCAGAUGCCUCACGACGGCAAGGUCCUGUCGGCACCUGCUGCAGCCCUUAAUCCGACCGCUGGCCCCGCCGUACAUGCUGGUCGCGGAGUGCGUCCCCUGCAAGGCCCAACGAGGCGGCAUAGAGCCCGAGGGUGAGUGGUGGCUCCUGGGCCGGAGGGCCUUCAUGUGCGGCUUCUGCGGGUACCCGACCGACGCCCCGGGCUGGAUAGGGACGGGCUUGCGGUUGCACGGCUACUGCCGCGAGAGGUACGGGUACUUGAGGACCGCGGCGUACUUUUUCGCCUUUCUGCCCGUGCCGCUGGUCCUUGGCUUCGUCUGGUUCAUUGCCACGAGUAGUGAAGCUGGCCGGAUCACUAAUGCUUUGCUCGGGGCAGAAUGUUGCGUCCCAGUUUUAUCCUUUAUAAUGCUUGCCUAUCCACAGGCGGUGCUGAGGCUCCAUCACUUUGCGGCACUGCUGAGCUUAGCCGCGGUGAUUGUCGCUACAGUGGUUAUUACGAGGAUUACGUCUUGGAUGAGCUAUCAUGACACCGCAGACGGCAAGUGGAAGCUUCUCUUCGGCGCGCUUGUAGUCGUUGUGACGAUCAAAUCCCUCCACUUCGUGGGCAACGUCAUUCUCAUGCUAGAAUACAAGCACUGGCAAAACAUGAGGCCUCAUUCGGCGUGGCCACGACGUGCCCUCGCAGUGAUGCUGAAGCUGGCCGCUAUGCUCGCCAAUCCGCUGUACCUGGAGCAGGUUUACCCGGGGCGAUACACGCCAAUGUGGCUCAGAAACGUGCUGGAUCGCCUCAGUGGACGGCAGCGUUGGCAGAACGGCGACGUUGAGCUGGCGGUUUGA